AUGAUGGCUUCGCCUUUAGAACAAUUUGUCAAUAAUGUAAGAACUACUUCAUCGUCAGGUAAUUUUCGUGAACUUUGUGACAUUAUUGGAAAAUCAGAUGAGGUUUUACAACGGAAUAGUGCUCAUCUUAACACAGUUUUGGAGACACUAGAUAUACAACAACAUUCCCUUGGUGUUCUAGCAGUACUUGUUGCUAAAUUCUCCCUUCCACAGGGAAAUAAUGAUGUUGAUAGAUCAACAAUGUAUCAACAGAUACAUGAUUUUAUUAACAAUUGUAAUGGUGAACAAGUUAGAUUCUGUCCAGAAUUAUAUGCUGAUUUAUGUCAUUUACUAACCGAUCAUCUUGUUGAAUUAAAACAACCAAUACGGGGAAUUGAAAUUUUAAAAAAGGCUAUACGAAAAAUUCAGUUAUUUGAUUCACAGUUAACAUCAAUUCAUGCUGAUCUGUGUCAAUUGUGUCUUUUAUCAAAAUGUAUGAAACCAGCUCUAGAAUUUUUAGAAACUGAUGUGACAAGUAUUGGUACAGAGCUUGGAGGUGUGAAUGACUCUAAACAUUUUCUAUUGUACUAUUAUUAUGGAGGAAUGAUCUAUACAGCUAUGAAGAAUUAUGAUAGAGCACUAUACUUUUUUGAAGUCGUAGUUACUGUUCCUGCAAUGGUAGUUUCUCAUAUUAUGUUGGAAGCGUAUAAAAAAUAUAUUUUAGUCUCAUUGAUUUUACAUGGAAAGAUAUUACCAAUGCCCAAAUACACAUCCCAAGUUGUUUGUCGUUUCCUUAAGCCAUUAUCUGUUGCCUACCAUGAGCUGGCUACAUCUCAACAUGCUGCUAUAAAACAUAGAGAAACUUUUGUGAGAGAUAAAAAUAUGGGGCUGGUGAAUCAGGUGCUGAGUUCUAUGUACAAGAAAAAUAUUCAAAGAUUGACCAAGACAUUUUUGACACUUUCACUAAGUGAUGUAGCAUCUCGUGUCCAAUUGUCUGGUCCAACACAAGCUGAAACCUAUAUACUCAACAUGAUAGAAGAAGGUGAAAUUUAUGCUAUGAUCAAUCAAAAAGAUGGGAUGGUUGUCUUUUUAGACAGUCCCGAAAAAUAUGCUUCUCCAGAAACCUUAUGCGUGUUAGAACAACAAAUGGCAGCUUGCACUAAGCUUCAUCAAUACAUUCAGGAAAUGGAUGAACAAAUACAAGUCAAUCCUCAAUAUGUGAAGAAAUCUGUGGGCAGUCAUGAUGAAGAUAUGCCAGCUACAAGCCAAAACUCAAAAACCACUUAUACUAUG